CGAAUAAAGUAAAUAAAAAUUAUAGCGAUGUAAUCAUUUCGUCUUUCACUUCGAUUAAUCUACGAGAAAUCGUUUUGAUCAGGUAUGGGUAUGGUGUGCUGACUACCUUAUAAAUAGUGCAAGGACAAGCCAUAAUCGUUGAGAUGACAACCCAUUUGAUGUGAACUGAGUGAGUGUAAUGCAAUAAAACAUCGACAAAUUUUCUAAUCAGUUUCACAUGAUUCAACCACAUCAAACUGAACAUCAUGAUAACCAGAAACUUUCUUACAAAUCGUUUCAAUCAAAUGAUUAUCAAGUUUCAAAGUCAAUAGAAAGUAGUAAUAAUGAGCAGGUGACGUAUGUAAGUAUUGAUCAAACGAGCAAAAAGUCGUCUGGAAGAUCAUGGGCAAGAAGUAAACGCAUUUCACUUGGAUGUUUUGAAUGGCAUUCACGCGGACCAUUUCGUCAAACUGACAUAGGAUCGUCUAAUCAUUUAAAUUCUAUCAAUCCUACCGGUUCACAUCAUUGCACUGUACACAAUGAAGAAGAUUUCACAUACACAUAUCAAGAACCAUCGAAAGGAAGGCUUAAAUCUGGUGCUGAUAGUCUGUUACAACGUCUACGUAAACGUUCUUUUUCGAGGGAUAAGCAUAAACGUGAUAAUAAAACACAAUAUUGUCGAUCUUCUUCAGCUCCUCGAUCUGUAUACUCAUACCAAAGCUCUGCAGAAUUUGAAAUCAACCAUAUUGAUAAGUAUUCAUUAACACAGAUUAAUAAAUAUAAUUUGUUCGUUCCAAAUUUGAUUCCACAAAUUUCUUUAUCAAGAAGUGUUCCUGAAUUACAAGACCGUAGUUAUGUUCCAUCAGGUUAUUUGGACAAUGGUAUGUCAUAUCAAUGUAAUGUAAUUCCAUCCGAAUUGUAUCCCGAAUCAUCAUCCUAUUUAACAUCAUGUUCUUCAAUGAAAUCAUCUUUUCCUAUUAACAAUGAUAAGAUAAAUGCUAUUGCUACUACUACUGGUAAUAUUAACAAUAAUCUAAUGGAAUUAUCGAACAUUGACAAUUCAUCAUAUACUCUUCCAAUAAAAGAUAAAACUCCAAUUAAUCAUGAAUUAUAUCUUCAAUCAAAUUAUCAAGCAUCUGUCAAUGCUAAUAUAUUACAUGGUAAUUUUGCUAAUUCGUGUACAACAUCGUCAACACCUGCCAUUAUGACAGAUUCAUCUUGUUUGGAGUCUAACUCUGAAUGUGUGGAUAUUCCAAAUGCAAUGAAAUAUUCCGACUCAUUUGUGUUAUUGGACAAGAGACAGCAGUAUCAACCUUUGUAUAAUCCUUUCACCUCUCCUAUAUAUUCAGAAGUUUGUUCCAAAUGCUGUUUUACAUAUAAUAAUAAUAAUGAUAGUAAUAAUAAUAAUCAGAGUACUGUGACUUCCAAUAGUCCAAGUCUACUCGUCAAUUCCUUUAGUUGUUCUUGUGAAAUGAAGCAUUCACCAGGACGCAAAUCUAAUAACUCUCUUAAUGAACAGAUUUCUUAUCCAAAUAUGGUUCAAGUCAAUGGAAACUUUACCACUGGUAAUAAUAAUAAUCAGUUAAUUACUUUGGACGCACCACCAACACCAAGUCAUCCAAAUGUUCCAAUUGAUCAUAUAUCGAAUAAUAGUAAUAUUGUUGAUCUUGGCCAAACACAAAAUAAUUCAUCUUGUAAUUCACUUCGACCAGAUUCUCUUCUUUCCACGUCAACAACUAUAACAACAACAACAAGGGAAUCAUCUUGUUCUGACUUAUCACCGAAUUCCGUGUCUUCACAUGAUUCAGCUCUAGGUGGAGGCAAGUUCCAAUCUGACUCUGGACCUCUAAAAACUGUUUGUCCGAAUACAAUGUAAUUGUUCUUUUCGAUUUUUG